AUGGCGACCCCGGAUGUCAGUGUGCACAUGGAGGAGGUGGUGGUGGUGACGACACCCGACACUGCGGUGGAUGGCAGUGGCAUGGAGGAGGUCAAGACAGUGCUGGUGACAACCAACCUGGCUGCCCACGGAGGCGACCUGAGUGAGGACAACAUGGAGACUGAGAACGCAGCUGCGGCCGCUGCGGCUGCCUUCACAGCGUCCUCACAGCUCAAGGAAGCCGUGUUAGUGAAGAUGACUGAAGAGGGGGAGAACCUGGAGGCCGAGAUCGUGUACCCCAUCACCUGUGGGGACAGCAGAGCCAACCUGAUCUGGAGGAAGUUCGUGUGCCCCGGCAUCAACGUAAAGUGUGUGCAGUAUGAUGAACAUGUCAUCAGCCCUAAGGAGUUUGUGCAUCUGGCUGGCAAGUCCACCCUGAAGGACUGGAAGAGGGCCAUCCGGAUGAACGGCAUCAUGCUCAGGAAGAUCAUGGACUCCGGGGAGCUGGACUUCUACCAGCACGACAAGGUCUGUUCCAACACCUGCCGCAGCACCAAGAUCGACCUCUCGGGAGCCCGCGUGUCCUUGAGUAGCCCCACAUCGGCCGAGUACCUCCCGCUCACACCCGCCACAGCUGAUGUGAAUGGGUCUCCUGCUACCAUCACCAUAGAAACCUGCGAGGACUCCGGUGACUGGACCACGACCAUUGGAGAUGACACAUUUGCCUUCUGGCGAGGGCUCAAGGAUGCAGGCCUGCUGGAGGAGGUCAUACAGGAGUUCCACCAGGAGAUGGUGGAGACCAUGAAAGGCCUGCAGCAGCGGGUGCAGGACCCCCCUCUGCAGCUCCAAGACGCCGUGCUGCUCAACAACAUUGUGCAGAACUUCGGCAUGCUGGACCUGGUGAAGAAGGUGCUGGCCAGCCACAAGUGCCAGAUGGACCGCUCUCGGGAGCAGUAUGCCCGUGACCUGGCCGCCCUGGAGCAGCAGUGUGACGAGCACCGCCGACGGGCCAAGGAACUGAAGCACAAGUCCCAGCACCUCAGCAACGUGCUCAUGACGUUAACGCCCGUAUCCCUGCCACCCCCCAUAAAACGGCCCCGUCUUGCAAGGGCCACAUCCGGGCCUGCUGCCAUCACCUCGCAAGUACUCACCCAGUCUGCCCAGAUUGCCCUCAGCCCCGGGGUGCCCGUCUCCCAGCUGACUAGCAUGCCGAUCGGCAAAGUGAUGUCUACGCUACCUUCUCCUGUGCUGGGCAAGGGCUGCCCCCAGGCGGCUCCUGCCAGCUCUCCUGCCUCGCCACUGCUUGGGGGCUACACAGUGCUGGCCUCGUCAGGCACCUCCUUCCCUGGCACGGUGGAGAUCCACCCGGACGCAUCCAGCCUCACGGUCCUGAGCACGGCCGCCAUGCAGGACGGCAGCACUGUGGUCAAGGUGGUCAGCCCCCUGCAGCUGCUCACCCUGCCGGGCCUGGGCCCCGCCCUGCAGAACGUGGCCCAGGUGUCGCCCGGGGGCAGCACCAUUGUGACAGUGCCCACAGGUGCCGUGGAGGGCACCAUGGCUGCCCCAGGGCCUGAGGAGCACACAGCCACCAUCGAGGUGGCCGCCAUGGCUGAGGGCCACGAGCCCAAGUAG